ACGGAGCGGUCGCGGCGACGCGUCGCCUUUUUUUAACCCCGAAGUACGAUAAAGUCGCCAAAAUUUUCGACCGGCAGUAUCACUCACCCUCCAAGGUGUUAAAGUUGGAGGACGAUCCGUGGGGGUCAUGUGCCAUGUACUCCCCGGACAAAAUGAAGUCCGGUGGGGGACUGAUGGCACCCCCCGGCUGUUUUCCAGGCCGGUACAGCCCCACGUACCGCAGCUCUGAUCCGCGGCGCUGCGUUCCAAAUCCAUCCAGUCGAAUAUUGGAGGACGCAUCGUUGAUGUGCAACUCGUGGUCACCGAGGCACAACGGUGACAUAUUCGGCGGCCUCAAUGAUGGUCUGCUGAGUAGAGCGGAGGCCUUGGCAGCCGUGGACAUCGGUAAACAUCAGUCGGGACCUCAGCCCGGGCCUCCACUACCGCAGCUCAAGCACGACAUGGUCUACCACCACGGUGUUGGCGGUCCUCCUCCGCACAACGCCAGGCCUCAUCAGAAGCCGUUUUUUCCGCAGAUGGGCCAUCACGGCAUGGAAGGUUUGGAUAUGCUUGACCCACUCACAUCAUCAUCCAUGACCACCCUGGCACCGAUGGGAGAAGCGGCGCCACCUCACCACCAAUUGCAUGGCUAUGGAGCUAUGAACCACGUUAUGAACCAUCACCACCACGCCGGAGGCUUAUCUCAUGCACCACCAGCUCACCUUGGUCAUCCUUCUGCUGCUCUUCAUCCUGAUACAGAUACAGACCCUCGAGAACUCGAAGCCUUUGCAGAGAGAUUUAAGCAACGAAGAAUAAAACUUGGUGUUACUCAAGCGGAUGUCGGGAAGGCGCUAGCCAAUUUGAAACUACCAGGAGUUGGAGCUCUGUCUCAAAGUACAAUCUGCAGAUUUGAGAGCUUGACGCUAAGUCAUAAUAAUAUGAUUGCUUUAAAACCUAUACUACAAGCUUGGUUGGAAGAAGCAGAAGCUCAGGCAAAGAAUAAAAGACGAGAUCCAGACGCACCGAGUGUAUUACCAGCCGGCGAAAAGAAGCGAAAGAGAACAUCCAUAGCCGCGCCAGAAAAGAGGAGCCUUGAAGCUUACUUUGCAGUUCAGCCACGACCCUCUGGUGAAAAGAUUGCAGCGAUUGCGGAAAAAUUAGACUUAAAAAAGAAUGUCGUUCGAGUUUGGUUUUGUAAUCAGAGGCAAAAACAAAAGCGUAUGAAAUUUGCGGCGCAACACUGACCGGCGGGAGGCGGCGCGGCUCUACUGUACCCAGGAACUGGGUACGGGUACUGAGUCGCCGGCCGCAUGGACAUGGCCAUGGCCUAGCCUAAAGGGCCACAUCAGUGACAUCGGCGCUUCACCGCCAAGAAUACUUUCUCGUGAGCAAUAAUAAGAUCUCAUUUAAAACGCAUCUACAUUUUUGCAUUUAAGUUUUAUUUCAAAAUCGAACGCAACGUAGUUACUAGUGUAGAUAUCGUGUAACGUAUCUUAUUUUCUUUCCGUGUGAAUUUACCUUCAUGUGUAUAUUUUUCGAGACACAGGGUAUAUAAUUGAUUAUAUACAUAUCAUUAAAAUUAAUACAAGUCGCUUUUUCAUACAUUGUUAAUUUGUAACGCGCCGAGUUUUGAUGUUUUUGAACGUCGAAUUGUACAUGAAAAUCAGGAUUUUUAAGAAAAUGUGCCUUGCAAAAUAAUCAAUAUUCUGUGUUUAAUGUUAGUAACUUCAUCGCUGUGUUGCGGAUUCGAAGUGGACACAUUGGAUGAGAUGUCCUGUCGAAGUACCAUACAUCGAAAACAUACGAUAAAAAAUUUACAAUUGUACAAUAGACUGUUACUAGAUUAGGUGAAGAGCGUACGAAACAAACAAUGAUUUGUAAUGUACUUAUGAUUUAUUCAUUAUUUUAAAUAAAAUUAUUUCCUUGCUCCUAAUCUAAAUACAGUCUAUUUAAAAAAAAAUAUAUAUUAUUUUAACUUGUUCUGUUCCUGUAUUAUUAAAAUUUGUACAAAGUAAUUUUAAGAGUGCUCUUUUUACAAGUGAAGUGUAGAUAGCAAUUUCUGUUCAAGAAUUAUGUGAGAAAAGUGUUUGCUUUACUUUAGUUAUACAUAUAUUUUUGUUAUAAUUUCUCACUUUUCAAUCACUAUCACAAACAUGGCACAAUUCUUAUAUUAAGCGGUUAUUAGCGACAUUUAGCCAAAAUAGAUUUAAAUUUCAUUGUAAAUAAGUCACAUUUCGAUUUAUAUUUAGACAUUAGUAAACCAUAGUUACUAAAUUGAAUGGAAUUAGUACAACGCUAAUGAAUUCUAAUUUUAAUAAUGACUAUUAAUAAUAUCAAUAGUAAUUAAAAACCCUU